GCUGAAAUUCAAUUCCAUCUAAGCUUAUCGAUAAGCUUCGUAGCUCUUGCUAAGCCUCAACGUUGUCAAUCAUACGAACAUUCCACCUAGCAUUUACGACUUCAAUUCAUAACGGCUAAUAGCCACCAUUGUCGUCAUCACCCUACAAUGCAAAAUAUAUAACUUUCCUUGAAUCAUUUUUUACGUUUGUUUUUUCCCCUCUUAAGCUAGUCAACCCUGUUUUCACUAUCAAUUCAACCAUGUCCGACCUGUACCUCUCGCAUGUUAGGAACUGGAUUCUGAAGUCUCCGCCGGCAGAAUGGGUUAUUAAAAGUGGCCGAGAGCUGCUUAUAGGUACUCUGAAGCAAGGUCCGAUACCACAGCAUGUCGCUUUCGAGAUGGACGGAAAUAGGCGCUUCGCCAAGAAUCACAAGAUCGAAACUAUAGAAGGCCAUCACCUAGGAUUUGAGGCCCUGGCGAGGGUGCUCGAGAUUUGCUACAAGUGUGGCGUCAAGGUGGUUACCGUAUAUGCAUUCAGUAUCGAAAACUUCAAUCGACCCAGGCACGAGGUUAGUGGCCUGAUGGCAAUGGCCAAAGUUAAGCUGGAACAACUUGUUCAACACGGCGAGCUUCUCGACCGGUAUGGUGCUGGUAUCCGGGUAUUAGGAGAGCGUGAUUUAAUCCCGGACGAUGUGUUGCCCUACGUCGACCGAGCCAUCGAGAUGACAAAACAUAAUAAAGAUGCCGUGCUCAACAUAUGUUUCCCUUACACCUCAAGGGCUGAAAUGACCAGUGCGAUAAAAGCUACGGUGGAUGAAUAUACAACAUCACCUCGAUCAACGAACACACCAUUCUCACAGUCGCGAAUCACACAAAAGAUAAGAUCCAACAAGUCGAAAAGGUCGGACUCUUCUUCCCCUAUGGACUCUUCCCUAGAUGAAAAUGGCGUAUCGGACGUUGAUGAUUCUAUGUCUUCGACUACCGCAUUAGAUCCGGAUUCGCCUCCUCUACAGUCAACACCAGUGAAGCCUACCAGGUUCAAGAACCCGGAAAGUAUCACAACUGAGACUAUCAAUAGCCACACGUAUACUGCCGAGUGCCCACCCUUGGAUAUGUUCAUCCGUACUAGUGGUGUUACGAGAUUGAGCGAUUUCAUGUUAUGGCAAUGCCAUGAGAAUACCCAGAUAUUCUUUCUGAAGUGUCUGUGGCCUGAGUUCGAUUUAUGGCACUUUAUUCCCAUCCUUUUAGAAUGGCAAUGGCGACAAAAGAAGCUAACGGAGAAGGAGGGAUCGCGGAAAUGAGUAGACGAACGAUGCAGCAUACCCUUUGUAUUGGCGUUGAGGCGUACUCGUUUGAGAUUAUCUUGGUAGAACCGGCGAUGUACACUUGUCAGCGGUUGAAUUGUGGUGACGUAGGAUAAAUAAUGUACUAUAGAAAAUGGUCUUGUCACGCAAUGAUUGUAAAUAUUGUUUAAAGUAUGCCUAGGUAACUAUAUACUAUUAUACUAUUAUAACUAGA